GCCUGCCGGGGCGGGGCCGGCUGCUGCUGCCACCGCCCCAGCGCAGCCCCCGCCGGGCCCGUCCGAGCUCGACGGCAUUUCCGGGGGAGGGCAGCGGGGCGCGGGCUGGCGGGGAGCGGCGCGGCGGCGGGCGAGCAGAGUUGACUAUAUAUGGUCAAAGGCAGGGGAGAGCGGCGGGACGCGCCGGCGCUUCCUGGUUCGCGCCGCGGGGCUGAGGCGGCGGCGGGAGAGGUAGAGGCCGAGACCGGUCGGGUCCGCCUGCGCUGCGCCGGGCUGCCCUUGCCGCCCUUCCCGGCCCUUCCUUCCCCCCCGCCGCAGUAACAAGUGGGCGAAGAUGCCGUACGAGAUCAAAAAAGUGUUCGCCAGCCUCCCGCAGGUUGAACGAGGCGUUUCCAAAAUUAUCGGAGGCGAUCCGAAGGGCAACAAUUUUCUCUAUACCAACGGGAAAUGCGUCGUCAUCAGAAACAUUGAUAAUCCUGCAAUUGCUGACAUCUACACUGAGCAUGCCCAUCAGGUUGUAGUUGCCAAGUACGCUCCCAGUGGAUUCUACAUAGCAUCUGGAGAUGUCUCUGGAAAGCUAAGAAUCUGGGAUACUACACAGAAGGAACACCUACUGAAGUAUGAGUAUCAGCCAUUUGCAGGAAAAAUAAAGGACCUUGCCUGGACUGAAGACAGCAAGAGAAUUGCUGUGGUUGGAGAAGGAAGGGAAAAGUUCGGAGCAGUGUUCCUGUGGGAUAGUGGUUCUUCUGUUGGCGAGAUUACUGGGCACAACAAAGUCAUCAAUAGUGUGGACAUUAAACAAACAAGGCCAUAUCGUCUGGCAACUGGCAGCGAUGACAACUGUGCUGCUUUCUUUGAGGGACCGCCGUUCAAGUUCAAGUUUACAAUAAGUGACCAUACACGGUUUGUGAACUGUGUGAGGUUUUCUCCUGAUGGGAACAGAUUUGCUACAGCUAGUGCAGAUGGGCAGAUUUUUGUCUAUGAUGGCAAGACUGGAGAGAAAGUGUGUGCUCUUGGUGGAGGCAAAGCUCACGAUGGAGGUAUUUAUGCUAUUAGUUGGAGCCCUGACAGUAGUCAGUUGCUUUCUGCUUCUGGAGAUAAAACUGCUAAAAUCUGGGAUGUUGGUGCUAAUUCUAUUGUCAAUACUUUUAACAUGGGAUCAAAUGUGUUGGAUCAGCAGCUGGGUUGCUUGUGGCAGAAAGACCAUUUACUGACUAUCUCCCUGUCUGGCUAUAUCAAUUAUUUGGACAAGAACAAUCCAAAUAAGCCUUUACGUGUCAUAAAGGGUCAUAGUAAAUCAAUUCAGUGUCUUACAGUGCAUAAAAACGGUGGAAAGUCCUAUAUUUACUCUGGAAGUAAUGAUGGUCAUAUUAAUUACUGGGAUUCUGAAACUGGAGAGAACGAUGGCUUUUCUGGGAAAGGCCAUACAAACCAGGUUUCUAGAAUGGCAGUAGAUGAAAUGGAUCAGCUGGUCACCUGCAGUAUGGAUGACACUGUGCGCUAUACCAACCUUAGCAAGAGGGACUACAGUGGCCAGGAUGCUGUGAAAAUGGACGUUCAACCAAAAUGUUUAGCUGUAGGUCCUGGUGGUUAUACUGUAGUUCUAUGCAUUGGACAAAUUGUCUUGAUGAAAGAUAAGAAAAAAUGUUUUGCAAUUGAUGACCUUGGCUAUGAGCCAGAAGCUGUAGCCAUUCACCCUGGAGGAGGUACAGCAGCAGUGGGAGGAGCGGAUGGGAAUGUCCGUUUGUAUUCAAUCCAAGGAACCUCUUUGAAAAAUGAUGAUAAGUCUUUGGAAGCUAAAGGUCCUGUUACUGACCUGGCAUAUUCUCACGAUGGUGCCUUUCUUGCAGUCUGUGAUGCAAACAAAGUUGUCACUGUCUUUAGUGUCGCUGAUGGCUAUGCGGAACAUAAUGUCUUUUAUGGACACCAUGCAAAAAUUGUUUGUAUUGCCUGGUCACCAGACAAUGAACACUUUGCUUCUGGAGGCAUGGACAUGAUGGUAUAUGUUUGGACUGUAAGUGAUCCAGAGACCAGAGUCAAGAUACCAGAUGCUCACAGACUACAUCACGUAAGCGGCUUGGCGUGGUUGGAUGAACAUACUCUGGUAACAACAUCCCAUGAUGCUUCUGUCAAAGAGUGGUCUAUCUCCUACAAUUGAAAUAAGCCCUCUCUUUGGAAGGACCUAAUCAGGGACUAGAACUACUGCAGUGGAACAUAGCAUUUCUCUUAAAGAAUCUGUAUUGGCCUCUGGGUCUGCUAUCAUAUCCUCAUACCUUUACAGGGUGUUCAUAUCUGUAAUUAAAUGUACUUUGAAAGCUUUAGCCAGUAACAGUUUGCACAUGAAAAGCACUUAAAUUAUGUCUGGAGCUUAACCUUUGUGCUGAACAUUCCAGAGGCAACAGCUGAGCAAGUUGGUGUGAAAGAUUCAGGUGUGAAAGAUUCAGACUCAAUCAGUUGUUCUUUUCUAACCAAGAAACAUGAGACUGUACAGCAUGAGAGUAAUACUUCUCAUUUUUUCUAAUUACAGAACAUUUCUGUACUAACGGUCAUAGUAAGAGUAUUUAGUUGUGAUCUGAAACCAAUCAAGCUGUGUGCAGCUACUGUAUAUUGCUUUGCUUCUCUGUACUGCACCAAACUGUUGCCUCAGAUUUUCUCCUCCAGAUAACAAAAUGGGGUACAUACAUAAUAAACUUUUUAUGUAUUUCAUGUCAAAGCUUUGUGGUUUAUUUUCAGGUGGAAGUGUGGGGUUUUGAUGUACUUAACUGUUGUGGGUAUAAUGUUUACAGAUAAUCGUUGUGGCAACUUCUUGCUUCAGAAACCCAUUUGUUACUUUCAUGAAUUAAGAAUGUCUGGUCAUUUCAAUGUCAGAAAAAAAUUCUGUUUCAAAGAUUAAAGAUAUUUUCUGUUUGGAGGAGGAGAAGCAUGUUAUUGUUUUAACAAAAUGCAGUACUUCUGCUACCUUUUCAAAAAUACAGGAAUUAAACAAAGUGAAGCGUUGUUAUGACUUGAAGUGGUUUUUGAGAAGAUAGUGUUUGCUGAGUUUUAUGCCUUUGCAUGUGCAGAACGGUUGCAUGGAAGCUGUUAUCUAAUGCGAACAGAUCAUGAUUUUGUGUUUAGUUCCCUUCUCGCACUCUGCAACACACUUAAGUGAUUUGAAGCUAGCAGCCCAACAAGGGUGGACGAGGACACUCUGAUGCAAAGUAGUAGGAAGAUUUGUUACCAUCUCUAGUGGCCAAAAGAAGUUGUUGCUGUCCAGAACUUUGGAACCCUUUUUUUAAAAAAAACUUUCUCUGCUGAAAGAGAAACCACCACCACCACCCCUCCAGUGCUUUUUGUUUUUUAUUAAGCUUUCCUUUCUGUGUGGACUUGUGUGUUGUUUUUUGUUUUGCUUUGUUUUUUAACCAAUCAUAUUUCUAAUGACACUACAGCAAAUAAAACGCUUCUGCUGCUUCUCA